AUGGCGUCAUGGGAGCGUUACUGGGCUGUUUUACGCCGUGGUAUGGUCUACUUCUGGCGCUAUCCGGAUGACGAGUCACUGGAAAAGCGUCCGGUGGCGUUCAUGGAUUUGAGCAAGUGCACCAACGAAGAGGUUAUGGCAUGCAGUCCAGAGCAGUGUCCUCGUGAAAACUCAUUCAGCAUUGAUAUGUUGGUCUCUACGACUCCUUCAAUGAUGGAAAAGAAGCGUGUAUUGCUCUCUGCGGAUUCCAACGAACUUCUUCAUGCCUGGCUACAGGCCCUGAAUGAAACCUUAUCGGUGCUUAGGGGAUAG